AUGGCCCGCAGCAUCGCGCCGGGGAACGACCGGAAGCUCCACGUUGCAUCCCCUGUUUCAGAACUAGAAGAUAUAAUACAAAUGGGUGUUCUCAUGUGGAGACUUGAUCUUCUCAAGUCAGGUGCAGACUAUGCCAAGUCACAACUUCACAUGGUACAAGGAGAAGUUCUACUUCUUGCAAGUGGGAGUGGGAAUCUGCCACCUAGUAGAGAAGCAGACCGACUGUUUAAGUCGCUGAAAAACUGCAAAGUUCGGUACUUUAGGAACCGGGGUGACAGACUACUCAUGGAGGAUGGCUUCAACCUUCUAACUGUCAUAAAAGGAGUAAAAAUGUACCGCCGUGGUAGACAAUGGGACUGUGUGAACGAUUUCCUGUCACCCACAUUAAGUGAAUUCAACAGAACAUUUGGUGAAGAUUUCAAACUGUUUCAUCAGUUACUGAGCCCAGCCAUGCUCUCUACAAUGAAAAAUGGGAAAAUUGUCCAUGGCCUUGCCGGUGUUCCUGACAAAGGUCCUGUCUUGUUUGUGGGAUAUCACCAACUCCUGGCCAUAGAGUGGGCUGCACUGAUUGAAGGGUUCUUGAGGGAGAAAAAAACAGUUAUCCGAACAGGGGCCCACCAUGUAUUUUUUGCUGGAAAUUAUGAGACACUACGCCAGGAGUUGUCUCUAUUUGAUUUUGUUUCUAUAUACGGCGCGGUUCCAGUCGGUCCGAUCAAUAUGUACAAAUUGUUUGAGAGAAAUAAAUUUGUUCUCCUCUAUCCAGGCGGUGUGAGAGAAGCUCUACAUAGGAAGGGCGAAGCAUACAAAUUGUUUUGGCCAGAUCAAACCGAAUUUGUAAGAAUGGCGGCACGGUUUGGAGUUACGGUCAUACCAUUUGGUUGUGUGGGAGAAGAUGACUUUUUGGAGAUAGUUGUGGACUACAAUGAUCAAAAGAACAUACCAUAUAUUAGAGACGAGAUAAAGUCAUUCAACAGAGAUUUUAUAAGAUUAAGGUUAGAUUUCUAUUACUCUGCCCAUUUUUCCUUUGAUAAACAAACAAUCAAGCAUCUCCUUAGAAAGGACACUAUGAAAGGAGAGGAUGGGAAUCAAGUCUUGCAUCUGCCUGUUGUUCUCCCAAAAUUACCAGGGCGGCUAUAUUUCCUAUUCGGGAAGCCAAUUGAGAUGAAAGGAAUGGACAAUGUGUUGACAGAUAGGAAGAAGGCAAACCAAGUAGAUUUUCAAAUCGAAUCAGAAGUGCAGAAUGCAAUGUCUUACCUAAAGAGGAAGAGAAACGAAGAUCCUUACCGGAGUAUUGUGCGACGGUGA